AUGAAUUGCGCGACAUUUGCAAAACGGAAUAUCACCGAAACCGGCAUCCACGGUUUGCCCUACUUGAUGCGCACAGAUCUGCAUUGGACGGAGCGACUGUUUUGGUUAGGCAUCAUCAUAGCAGCGACUUAUUAUUCAAUUUUCCUAUCUUCGGAACAAUUGAAGCAUUUUCGUGAAAACCCACUUGUUUUUGCCGCCGAACUGACGUGGGAUAAGAAGAACUUCCUCUAUCCGGGCAUAACAAUGUGCAGCGAUUUUCUAUAAAAACACAAAAUAUUACAUAUUUUAAACAGAAUAUGGCAGCUCACACCCAAUGAUACAAGUUACGACUAUUACUCAAAUUUUUUGCAAGUCUUAAAUGUCCUACACUAUGAUACCCUGGAGACGCUGCUGCCAUACAAAAAUGACUCGACGCUUUGGGGCAUCGUUUACGUGGAUGUUUUAACCAAAGUAAGAGAUGAUUACAAAAUAAAAACUAAAGAAACGAUAAAGACUAAGCUUUCAUUAUAACUUUUACAGUUGCAGACACCAGACAAGCCAGAAAUUCAGAUCUCCGAAAAAAAGAGCAUCAUAUUCGCACAAGCAAUUACAGAGGUUGGUCUGUGCCGUACAACUUCACAGCUCAAUAAGUACACCAAUCCCAGCGGAGAAAUAAAAUCCGUCGAGGUUAGCCCCGUGCAAUAUUGUCUUUUCAUGAGCAUUUGUACUAUCAAGCUGUUUCCAGAAUAUUCAGAUGAAGCAGGCGUAUUUGUGUAUCUGCAUAACCCCUUCGAUGUCGUAGCGCCCAAUUACAUAACCAAUGUCUAUCAGACUGCGCCACAAGGUCGAGUUUUAACUGUUGAUCUAGAGAUCACUUCAUUCAGUGCCGAAGCACAGGUGCGCAGAAUACCGGUGGAGUACCGCAAAUGUCGCUACCCAGAAGAGAGUAAUCUCAAGUACUUCGAGACCUACACGACAGCUUUGUGUUGCAUAGAACGGCGCAUUCACAGGGCCAUGGAACUAUGCAAUUGCAAGCCACAUUUCUAUGCCGUAGGAGCCGAUCUACCCAUUUGUAAUAUUGAUCAACUUUUAUGUUUGCAACGGCAUAAUUGGACGAAGACAAAUUGCACCACCUGCGUACAGCUCUGUGAGUCCAUGUUUUAUGUGCAGCUACAGCAGAGCGUUGCGCAGCCUAUGCACGGGCUGCAGGUGGAGGGUGAAAUGAGUCAAAAAUUUGAACGCACCGUCAACAUACAUCUCAAUUUGCCGUAUCGAGGCAUACGUCGUCGUGUGGUCUUCAGCUACGAUGAGGUGAUCGUCUCGUUUGGCGGUGCGUUUGGUCUGUUUUUAGGCGCCAGCUUUAUCAGCACUUAUACGAUAAUAAAGAUUUUCGGCGAUUUUGUGGUGCUCAAUUUUUUGCAAUUUUGUCGACAACAACAACUUCGCAGAAGAAUAUUACGCGUUCGUGUGAUAUAAAGCGCCGAAUAAAAUAUGAAAUGCUACGAGAACAGUCGCUGUAGCUUUAAAUUCAAUUAUAAUAUAUAUAAGGCAAUUGAAUUUGUAUUGCUGGCGAAAUCAACUGAACUAUCGAUUUUCUCUGACACAUUUCCUUUCUCUUUUCGCUAAACUUAAAUGCCAAGAAAGCUACUGACACCUAACAAAGGCACGCCAUGCAAUAGCGAUACAAUUUAUGCAGGUAAAAUGUUAUAAAUGAAAAUCAUCACAGGGUGAAUAACGAAAAAAGUAUCUGCUCAGCUCACAAAUGCUUAUAUUUUGCUUGCAAUGCAUGUGUUAUACAAGAAGAAAGGUCAUUAAAAUGCAUUUGCGCAUUAUUUUUUCGAAUUCGAAAUGACCAGAAAUAUAUAUUAAUAAAUGUUGC